AGGGCAGCGAGGAGCUGAAGUUUCGACAGCCGGCGAGGGAAAGAGACGAAAAAUGCGCUGGAUAUUCCCCGUGCCAGUUUUGCUUAUGUCCUGGUUCGGAGUAGAGGAAAUAAAGGCAAACUCGUGUAUUCGCACCGCGUUUUGGGCUCUAACCUUCAGCCCACUUGUACAGGCCGAAUGCCAAACCCGCACCAUAUACUGUUACGAGUGCGACAGCUGGACCGACGCGCGGUGUAAAGACCCCUUCAACUACACUGCGUUACCACGAGACCAGCCGCCAUUACAAACUUGUAAUGGCUGCUGCGUCAAGAUGGUCCGGUAUUCGAAAAGUCCGUACGAAGUGGUCCGUCGAACGUGUACCUCUCAGCUUCAAAUAAAUCUCUUCAUGGUAGACCACGUGUGCAUGAUGGAAAGUUCCGGGACAGGCCACAUGUGUUUCUGCGAGGAAGACAUGUGUAACACAGCGUCGACAGUCGGCCCAACACUAAUUCUCGCACUAGCGCUCGCAUGUCUUGCAUGCAGGUGAAGUAGGAAUAGUGAUGGGUUUAGUCGAUCGAUUUUGCAUUUAUGAAAUUUGUAAAAAAAAAUUGGUGUGAUGGUUGUUUAAGAGAAAUAUUUUUGGUGAUUGUGAUUUUAUUUGUGGUGAAAGAUUGUGAACAAGUGCAAAUUAUUAAUGGCUUUGACAUAAAUUAGGUAUAGUUUUACUUUAAUAUAAAAAUUAAAAAUACUUUUUUACAAAACCAAAAUUGAAGAGCGAAUUAUACAUUUAGUGACGUGUGAAAAACCAAAAUCGAUCGACUAAGCCACCCCC